AUGCCUGAACCAAUUAUGAUGGACUCUGAUAUGAGCGAUGAUGAUAUCCCUUUAGUUUCUAGGGUCGCAUCAUAUGUCGAGGUAUCUGAUGAUGACGAUGAUGACGAUUUGGUUUUGGCAAAAAGAACUACGACAGCUACUAAAAGAAAGGCCAUAUCAGUUAAGACCGAAGUUAAUGGUAGUCCACCAACGAAGAAACGAGCCAGUACAACUGUUAAGAAAGAAAAGACGACUACAGCGUCAAAGGCUAAAAAGGCAUCGACCGCAACUGUUAAUGGUAAGGCCAAAAAGGAGGUUACUUCUAAAACCAAUGGCAGAGUAAAGAAAGAAACUGGAUCCACCGCCAGUGGGAAAACUAAGAAAGAACCUGGAGCUGGCUCGAAAAGUGCUACAAUUAAAAAAGAAGAAGAAGAAGAAGGUACCCCUGCUAUCGACGACGAAGAUCAGGAUGAAACUUUCAGAUGGUGGGAGGCUCAAAAUGCUGAGGAUGGUUCUGACAAAUGGAAUACUCUCGAGCACAAUGGUGUUAUGUUCCCUCCCCCAUACGAGCCACUUCCCAGUCAUGUAAGAAUGAAGUACGACGGCAAGCGAGUUGAACUAGAUCCAGUUGCAGAAGAAGUUGCUGGAUUUUUUGGUGCGAUGUUAAAUACAGAUCAUGCUAAGAAUCCAACCUUUACUGCAAACUUCUUCAACGAUUUUGUAGAAAUCGUAAACUCAUCCGGAGGAGCCAAGGUCAACAAUAAGAAAAUUGAAUUGAAAUCUUUUGAGAAAUGCGAUUUCACCGAAAUAUUCGAAUACUAUGACCAACAGAGACAGCUUAAAAAGGCAAUCCCAUCCUCGGAGAAAAAGCGAUUGAAAGCUGAGAAAGACCGUAUGGAGGAAAAGUAUAAGACCUGUUUGUUAGAUGGAAGAAAGCAGCCGGUAGGUAAUUUCAGAAUCGAACCUCCUGGUUUGUUCCGUGGUCGAGGUGCUCACCCUAAAACUGGAAAGCUUAAGGCUAGAGUACAGCCUGAGCAAGUGACAAUUAAUAUUGGUGCUGAAGCCAAGGUCCCAGAACCACCUGCUGGCCAUCAGUGGGCUGAGGUACGCCAUGACAAGACUGUAUCGUGGCUUGCAAUGUGGAGGGAGAAUAUCAAUGGUGCAUUUAAAUAUGUGUUCCUUGCUCAGAGCUCUUCACUAAAAGGUAUGAGUGAUUUCAAGAAAUUUGAAAAGGCUCGUGAACUAAAAAACCAUGUCGAACGCAUUCGAGCUGACUAUCGUAGAGAGUUGAAGGAUGAGGUAAUGCUGAAUCGCCAGCGAGCUACCGCAAUGUACUUGAUUGAUGUUCUGGCAUUAAGAGCUGGUGGAGAAAAAGGCGAGGACGAAGCCGAUACUGUUGGUUGCUGUUCGCUAAGAUAUGAACAUGUUACUUUGCAACCACCUAAUAUCGUGACAUUUGACUUCCUGGGUAAAGAUUCGAUUAGAUAUUUUCAAGAAGUGGUUGUUGAUAAGCAGGUUUUCAAAAAUUUGAAGAUUUUUAAGCGGGCGCCCAAGACUAUUGGCGACGAUAUUUUCGACCGUUUAGACCCUCCUUUACUGAACAAGCACUUGCAAAACUAUAUGCCAGGAUUAACAGCAAAAGUGUUUCGUACUUAUAAUGCUUCUUACACUAUGCAAAAGCAACUUGACUUGAUUGAGAAUAAAGGCAGUGUUAAUGAAAAAGUUGUAGCAUUUAAUGCUGCUAAUCGGGAGGUUGCAAUUCUCUGUAACCAUCAGCGGACAGUUGCUAAAUCACAUGAAGCCUCGGUGGGCAAGAUGGAGGACCGAAUUUUGGAACUUAAGUACAGCAUUAUUAAGACUAAGAAAAUGAUGCUACAGCUUGACCCUAGUUUGAAGAAAAAAGAAAAGGCUUACUUUGAGGAUAUUGAUUCGAUAAGUAAAGAAGAUGUGAUUAAAAUUCAUCAAAAAAUCCUCGAGCGGGAGAAGGAUCGCAUAGAAAAGAAGUUUAUUAGAGAGAAUGAGAAGUUAAAGGCAGAAGGCGAGGAGAUUAUGCCCGAGGGUGAGCUGAAGAAGAGACUAGAGGCUAUUGAUAUCAUGGAGAAAGAGUUUGCUGCCGAACUGAAAUCGGGUAAACCUGAUAUCAAGGGAAAUGCCACGGUGGAGAAGUUGAAGGUCCAGGUGGAGAAGCUGGAGGAGCGUAUUACAAAUACUCAGCUUCAGUUAAAAGAUAAGGAGGAUAAUUCCACGGUAGCUUUGGGAACUAGUAAGAUGAACUAUAUCGACCCAAGACUUACUGUAAUGUUCUCGAAGAAGUUUAAUGUUCCCAUUGAAAAGCUCUUUACGAAGACUUUACGUGAGAAGUUUGCCUGGGCGAUCCAUUCUGCUGAUGCAGACUGGAAGUUUUGA